UUUUUCAAAAGGGUGAUUAAAACAGCCAAGUACCUCACCAUUUAAAAAUCUCAUUACCAUUUAGAAAUGGACUCCUUCAAACCUGGAAGUACUUUUUAUACCCAAAACUCAACCCAAAUCAACCCCUUCAAAUCCACUUCAUUCAAUUCAAAUUUCCAAAAUCCAAAAGCCUCCACUUCCAAUACAACUUACAUCUCUAAAAAGCCUAAAAGGCCCCAAACCAGCAAUAUCUAUAAGCCAGGAUUCACCAAGAAGCUAACGAAGGAGCGUAAAUAGGGUGACUAUCAAUCUUGAUAAAAACUCUACUGAAAUCAGCACCUCCUCAAUAACCUAUCCGCGGAAAAUUUUGAGGCCAAGCUCAGCUUUCAACACUAUCCAGGAGUCUAAAGGCCCACAAGAAGAAGAUGGGGAGUUUUACUCCAGAUUUGACAUAAAGUCAGCCAAGAGCAUCACUGAAGAUCAUGAAUCUAAACCAGGAAGCUCCCAGGUUAGUAAAAGGCACUCAAUUUUGGCCCUAAAGCCAGCCCUGAAGAGCGUUAAGCUCACCCCUCAGAAGAAGAAACCUAAGGAGAAGAUAUAUAGGAUGAAGAAGAAGAUUGUAAGGGGAGCCACCCGUAGAAAUAUCCCAGCAGUUAGCUCUUCUCUUAACCUUAAGAGAGAGCGAGUCAAGAUCUUUAAAGGAGGUGCUAUGAGUUUCCUAACAAAUAACAGCAUGAACCUUGACCCACAGACAGAGGACAGGCUUCGCCAAUACAGAAAUUCCUAUGGGGUGAAAUCUAUCAAGGAAAGAAAACAAAACCUGCAUAAACUCCGUGUACUGAUGCAUAAAAAUCGUAGGAUCCAUAGCGCUGAUCCACGUAAGAGAAGUCCAAAAUUUUUAGUGAAUUUACAGAAUUAUCAAAAAGAGUACAAAAUGGAUAGAUCAAAUUUGAGCCAAGAUAGUCUCUACAAAAUGAUUUGGAAGACCCUCCUCUACUUGAUUGAUAAGAAGAGCCUGCAAAUUGAGGAACUUCUUAUAAAAGAUAUCAAAGGUGUGCUAGGUUUCAUCAAAGAAAUGAUUAACAAAGAUUCCAAGGGAAAAGUAGAUGAGUCAAAGUCUGAUGUGUCUGGAGAGAUCUCUCUUGACUCACAAGAACAAGAUGAGCAGCAUUAUCUCAAUGAAGAGCAAUUCUACGCUUUGUUGGAUAAGUUAAGACUAAACGAUGAUAAAUAACUUCUCAAAAAAGUUCUUCACUCUCUUCUGCUUCAGUGGUAAAGGAAGAGUAAAUUACUAUGAACUUUUCCAAAGAAUUUUCCAGUUCUGCCUAAUCAAGAAGUGAGACCUACUUCAAAGUGGGAGAAAGAAGUCUAAAUAAGAAGAAAAGACUAAAAUUUUUGAGGAAGACCACAACCUAUACCUCUGGGUUUGGUAAGAACAUAGAUAUUCUACUCCAAAAGGGCCCAAGCCAGGACAAAAUCACCAAAGAAUUUAAUGACAUGUUUGACAGAUAUUUCGAACUUUGUGACGAGGAUGAUUCAGGAACAAUAGAUAAAUAAGGAAUUUUACACACUCUUAAGAUUAAAUGUCAAUGAUUACAAGGAUAGGAAUUUGCUAAAAGAUUGCAUCAACGAUAUCUAUCAUAACCAUCCUACUAAGAAGGGAGAAAGUGUUGUAGAACUAUCCAAAGACGAGUUUAAAACAGUUCUGAUGCACAACAAAAUAAUCAGAUCUUUGAUUGACAAAACUCUCAAGAUCAUCAAGACACUCACUAAAAUGAUCGAAGCUGACCUCGAAAAGAUGUUCCAAAACACUCUAGGAAUCGAUCAAAAAGAGUCAAAUCUCCCCAUUCAGCCUCUACCAACUACCAAUUCAAACGGCACAAUGCACCAAGACUUCGAAAAACUCUACUGCGCUCUCAAAGAAAUCGAACAAAUUCACUUUAAAAAUAAGCGCUAUUAUAAAGCCCUUAAAGAUUAG